GCCGAGUUCCAGCUGCACAUUGAGGCUUUAGAAAAAGAGUACAAGAGCUUCAUUGCCAAACUACGAGUUCUGGACCCCACCUGCAAACAUAAGCCAUGGACUCCUCGAGCAUACUGCAAACGAAGAGCAGAGGCACAAGACUCUCCAAGUAUCGGGGCCUGGAGAAAGGAAAUGAAAGUUUUGCAAAAGUGGACAGGGCAGAGGCCUCCAAGCUUCCUGCGCAGGUGUUCCUUGUAGAUGGAGGUGGAGGUACGCAGCACUCUGUCCAUCCACCCAAUCUGGUACCCUGCUGGUCCUUCCCGCCUGCCCAGGAGAGGGCGCGGAGCCGUGAGAAGAGUCGGGGCUGCAUGGGAGUCAGCCCCGGGCUGGCCCUGGUCGUACUGUUUCUUUUCCUGCUCGUGUUUGCAGCCCUGGGGUUCGAAGCCUACCAGAUUAACCACAUGCAGCAAGAACUGAAAGAGUUGAGAACGGUUCAACCCGUGACUGAGUUUAAUACACCCCAGAAGCAAAUUGGUCAUAAACCCGAGUUCAAUGGAAAAGACAAAGACAACAGACCUGCAGCACACGUGAUAGGGCGGAUUGAAAAAGAACACUUCCCUAAGACUUUGCGAUGGGAGUCGAAGACAGGCCGGGCGUUCAUAUCCGGGGCCGUGGCUUACAGGUCUGAAGAUGGUGCCCUGCAAGUCAAUGAGACUGGACUCUACCACAUUUACUCACGAGUGGAGUUGAUCUUUAAGGACUGUUCGUCCUCGUUCAUUCACUCGGUGUUUGUGAGGAGAGCGGGGCGCCCCUCCCCAAUGACCCUGAUGGAGGCCCACAGGGAGGGUUUCUGCUCUCAGCAGCAGGGCCACCCCUGGACCACAGACAGUUACCUCGGCUCCGCCCUGCAGCUGCAGAAAUCCGACAGAGUUUUUGUGAAUGUAUCACACCCUACUUAUCUUAGUCAUGCUUAUUAUGCCAAUUUCUUUGGUCUCUACAAGAUCUGAAGGCUUUAGUGUAAUGAUUUUACUCCACUGAAAGAAUGGAAACCUGAAUGUCUCUGAAUCUUACUCAUCACUUUGGUUCCUAUGUUGAAUGUGAUCACUAUACAGUCCCUCCAGAAAAACGCGAUCAUGCGAAUUCAAUGCAUAAUCAGCCAAAGUCUGCAUAUUUAUGCGGGGGCUGCAUUUCUUUCAAAUACGCCGUACUUUUGCCACAUAAAUUGCCGAUUUCCACGCAAAAUAUGCAGGACUUGCAUGAUUUCAUAAUCACCACAUUUUCGUUGCAAAAAAGUCACAUAUAUCUUAGCAGAAAGUUGAAAAAUGUUUACUUCACACAAGAGCAGCCUUUUCCACUAUUGCCAUGGGAAAGUUAUGAAGUGAUGUAAUUACGCGACAUGAACAUCAUCGAAAAACAGGGUGUUGGGGGAAUCACUUUU